GUGGGUGCACACCUGAAGCCAAUUUCAAAAAAGUCUAAUUCCCUGUCUCAGUAAUUCAAGUAAAAAUGCUAGUGCAUAUAGUUUUGAAACAGGGUUGUUUAGUUAUAAAGUUAUGACUUUGCAUCUGCUUUUUUCAGGAACAGCAUUAACUGUAAACUAUGUGAUCAGGAAACUCCCUAUUCUAGUUCAUAUUAACAAUGUAAGGAUCGGCAGCAUCCCAGUCAUGCUGUGAGUUUAUGCAAUUGCUCACAGUACAUCCUGUUAUUUCUUUCCAACGGCAUCAGAUAUUCUGAAGGUUAAGUGGCAAGCUUUUCCCUGGAACUCAAGCAUUUCCUAUGAUAUUUAAACUGAAGGAUUGAAACUUGCACGUAAAGAACAAAUUUAAUAAGCAACUCCACAGCGAUAUGCAGGAGGCAGCCUGAAGAGGCAGAUAAGCUGUCCAGCUAUACCAGUAAGAAUGCAAGUGCUUGAAGAAUCAGAAAACCUGGAGGAGAUACAUCAAUUGAAAAAUAUACAGCUAUAUGAGUAUCCACCUUUGCCUGGUGUAUAAGCACUUUGAGCAAGGUUAAGAGCAGGACUCCACGGACGAUUCCAACGCACUGCGCAAAAACGUAGGCGUCACGUUGGAUGCAACGGAAAUAAGUGUGCUGUACAGGAAAUCAAACAAGGAAGAUGGGCAUAUUGUCAAAGAUAAUAUAUAUUGUCAAAGAGUCAUAUAAGGAGACACAAUAACAUUCCAAAACAGAGUCAACAACAUGUUAUUUAUGAAAGAACAAAAGAUGAAAUUGAAGAUACCAUGCCUACUGUGUAUACUACUAAUGAUACCUGAUUGGCAUUCAGUAUUAGCUUUAUUUGUAGUAACAGCUCCCAGAUCUACAUACACGGCUGAAUAUGGAGAUACAGUGCAACUGAUCUGCAGUUUCCCAGUUGAAGAAAAUGUACAUAUUUCCAAAAAAUUAAAGGUAUCUUGGGAGCACAUUGACUCUUUUCAAGAUAAAAGCCAGGAUGUAUUAAUACUUAAUGAAGGCCAGUUGGAUUUAAAAAGACAGCCGGACUCCUUCAAAGGGCGAACAACAUUGCUGAUGGAAGAACUGAAUAACGGUAGAGCUGUUCUGGAGAUUACAAACUUAAAGAUAACCGAUUCAGGCAAAUACCGCUGCGUUUUACAACUUGAUGGGUCAGACUAUAAGACCAUAAGCCUGAAAGUGAAAGCAUCAUACAAAAAAAUACAUAUUAACAUAUAUGAGAAUGAAAAGUUUUUGACAUGCCAGUCAUUGGGAUUUCCCAUUGCAGAGGUAUCUUGGCAGAAUAACGAUGGCAAUGUGAGUUUGCCUUCAAACACUUCUCAUUUUCUGACACCUGAUGGAGUGUACAACUUAACAAGUACCAUCAGGAUCAGGCCGGAGAUCACACAAAAUUAUACGUGCGUGUUUUGGAACAAAGAGCUGAAUGAAAAAACACAAGCUUCCUUCAUACACAUGAAAGUAGAUCAAGAUACAAUAAUCAAUCAAUUUCCAAUAAACACUGGAAGUAUUUUAACCAUUAUUUCAGUUAUUCUUGCACUACUGGUAACCAUGAUUGGCAUAUAUAUGAAAAGAAAGGACUAUUGCAAAUGCUUCAGAAAAAAAGGCAAAAGACAUUUUAACACAGGAAUUUUGUGUGGAACCAUGUGUCGCAGAACAAAUGACAAAACAAAGGAUGAGCAGCAUAGACUGCCAAACAAUCCAGGACAGUGAUUUAUAGAACUUAUACAAGCUGCAGUGUAAGACAUUAAUAAGCACAUUCACAACUGUAGGGCUUUGAUGGAAUCACCAUUUUCACAUAACAGAAUCACUUUGUUUGCUGGGAUAUUAUUGGCCUGAGUACAAACCCAAAAAGAAAAGGGGGAAGGAACUGAGUCAGAGAAACAGUUGCACAGAUGGAGCUGCUUCUCCUGGCCUUAACAAGAACAGGACCAUUGCUUCUGGAGGAAUACAAAUAAGGCAGGUUCUGAUGAAAACCAGUGACCAGGCAAAUAAAUAAAACUUUAUUAUAGGAACAUAACAGACAAGCUUAAAGUGGUAGUGCUUACAUUAACUUUUAGUAUGAUGAAGACCAGUGAUCCCCAACCAGUAGCUCUUGAGCAACAUGUUGCUCUCCAACCCCUUGGAUGUU